CGAGCGGCGGAGAUACGGAGGAGGGAGGGGGGGGGGGGGGGGGGAGCGCGAUGGGUUGGAUCCCGUGCUCCGGCGUUUCGAAGUCGAAGAAGAAGGAGAUGAGCGCGCGGAACCGGCCGUUCGAUCACCACGGCAAGUCUUCCUCAGAGAGAUUGAAAUCGAAUUCUUCACUGAGUGGAACGGAGGCCUCGCGAGGGGGUGGGUCUGACCAGAUUGCAGCGCAGACUUUUAGCUUCCGAGACCUGGCAGUUGCAACUAGGAAUUUCAGAGCAGACUGUCUUUUGGGUGAGGGAGGUUUUGGUAGAGUGUAUAGAGGCCGUCUGGAAACUAAUCAGGUUGUGGCUAUCAAGCAACUUGAUCGAAAUGGGUUGCAGGGAAACAGGGAGUUCCUUGUUGAAGUAUUGAUGCUGAGUCUGCUUCACCAUCCUAACCUUGUCAACCUCAUAGGCUAUUGUGCUGAUGGAGACCAGAGGCUUCUGGUCUAUGAAUACAUGCCAUUGGGAUCUUUGGAAGACCAUCUACACGACACUUCACCUGGUAAGAAAGAACUUGACUGGAACACUAGAAUGAAAGUAGCAGCUGGGGCAGCGAAAGGUUUGGAAUACUUACAUGACAGAGCUAGCCCUCCUGUGAUCUACAGAGACCUGAAAUGUUCCAACAUUUUGCUUGAUGAGGGAUAUCAUCCCAAGCUAUCUGAUUUCGGCUUAGCCAAACUCGGGCCCGUAGGUGAUAACACUCAUGUAUCUACCAGGGUUAUGGGCACCUAUGGAUAUUGCGCUCCAGAGUAUGCUAUGACUGGUCAACUGACACUCAAAUCAGAUGUCUACAGCUUUGGCGUGGUCCUUUUGGAAAUUAUAACUGGCAGGAAAGCAAUCGACAAUUCAAGAGCUGCGGGAGAACAAAACCUGGUUGCAUGGGCAAAACCAUUGUUCAAAGAUCGAAGAAAGUUUAUGCUUAUGGCUGACCCGGUGCUCCAAGGUCAUUGCCCUCCAAGGGGGUUGUACCAAGCUCUUGCAAUUGCUGCAAUGUGCGUCCAGGAGCAGCCUAAUUUGCGUCCAGUCAUCGCUGAUGUCGUCACAGCUCUGACAUAUCUUGCUUCCCAAAAAUAUGAUCCUGAUACCCAAUCAGCCCUGAGCAACCAAUUUGCUCCUCUUACCCCUCCUAGAGUUAAGAAAGUAAGCUUCAAGAAGCUCAACAGUGGUAAAAUAUCAGACAGAGAGAAAACCAAGAAGAUUAAGUGAGUCCUAUGGUACCAGGUUUAGGACAGAACUUUUCGGGAUACUCGGUGUCUGAGGGUCGCUCUUUGACCCAGCCAAUGCAGCUGCUGGUCCGAAGCGCUCUGUUUUACUUUCGAAGCGAUUACACUACAGAUUACAUUCUAGCGAUCAAAGUUAACUCCUUGUUUAUGCAUGCCAUCAAUUAGAUCUUUUAUGGUUUCCUAUGGGGGUGGCUUCCGAACUUUCCUUGCCGUAAGUGUAUGCAAACAGCCUUGUAAGUAGUUUUACCACUUUCUUGGCCCUUCUUUGUCUCUCUGCCCCAUGUAUAUAGCCUUCCUAUUUCUUUCUGGCUUUCUUUUAGAUCUGCAAUUCUUCCUUUAGCUGUGGUGUGGCUUUGACCCUGAUCUUACUUAAUACAUCAUGUGUUUGAUA